AUGCUGAGCGACACUUCAGAUUUAAACACUUCAGGCUCUAGGGAUGAAGACAGUUCUGUCUUCUCCAAGACCGAACACAGCAUCAUUGCAGCUUACCUGAUUGUGGCAGGUAUAAUAAGCAUUCUCAGCAACAUAAUAGUUCUGGGCAUCUUCAUUAAGUACAAGGAACUGCGGACACCCACGAAUGCAGUGAUUAUUAACCUGGCUUUCACUGAUAUAGGGGUCAGUAGCAUUGGCUAUCCCAUGUCUGCUGCUUCAGAUCUGCAUGGAAGUUGGAAAUUCGGAUAUACAGGCUGUCAGGUUUAUGCUGGAUUGAAUAUCUUUUUUGGAAUGGUGAGCAUUGGCUUGCUCACAGUUGUAGCUGUGGACCGGUACCUGACCAUCUGCUGUCCUGAUGUAGGAGGAAGAAUGACCACCAACACUUACCUCAGCAUGAUCCUGGGCGCCUGGAUCAACGGCCUCUUCUGGGCUUUGAUGCCCAUCGUGGGGUGGGCUAGUUAUGCUCCAGAUCCUACUGGGGCCACCUGUACCAUAAACUGGCGGAAAAACGAUGCAUCUUUUGUGUCUUACACCAUGAUGGUUAUUGUGGUGAAUUUCAUUGUGCCCUUGAUGGUGAUGUUUUACUGUUAUUACCAUGUCACUCAGUCCAUGAGACUUUACGCUGCCCGGAACUGCACUGCAUACCUCAACAGAGACUGGGCCGACCAGGCAGAUGUCACAAAGAUGUCUGUGAUAAUGAUACUGAUGUUUCUGCUGGCAUGGUCCCCUUACUCCAUCGUGUGCUUAUGGGCUUGUUUUGGAGACCCCAGAAAGAUUCCUCCUGCAAUGGCCAUCAUAGCUCCGCUGUUUGCAAAAUCCUCUACGUUCUACAACCCCUGUAUUUAUGUUGCCGCGAAUAAGAAGUUUCGGAAGGCCAUGUUUGCCAUGUUUAAAUGCCAGCCUCACCAAGCAAUGCCUGAGACAAGUUCUGUACCAAUGGAUAUGCCUCAAGCCCAUUGA